AUGAUGCCUCAGCGUCGACUGUACCCUCCCCACCUGAUUGUCAAUAGAGCAGCAAUGUCUGCCGUAAGCAGGGAGGAAAGGCUUUCAAAGAUGGAGAACGAAGAGAAAACUUCUUCUGUGUCAAACAGUGGAGGCGGUGAGGGAUCGCUGGACCGGCUCCUCCCCACGGUAAGCACAGGUCUGUCACCCAGGAAAAGGACCACUAGCCAGUGUAAGUCUGAGCCGCCUCUCCUCCGCACCUCCAAACGAACCAUCUACACCGCCGGCCGCCCACCUUGGUACAACGAACAUGGAACACAGUCGAAAGAGGCCUUUGUCAUUGGUCUGUGUGGCGGCAGCGCUUCAGGAAAGACGACAGUGGCGAGGAAAAUUAUUGAAGCUCUAGAUGUUCCGUGGGUGGUGCUACUCUCGAUGGACUCUUUUUACAAGGUCCUGUCCGCUGAAGAGCAGACUCUGGCUGCCAGUAACGACUACAACUUCGACCACCCUGAUGCCUUUGACUUUGAUUUGCUGACACACACCCUGCGCAAACUCAAACAGGGCAAGAGUGUGAAGAUCCCUGUGUAUGAUUUUACAACCCAUGGCAGACAGAAGGAGUGGAAAAUCGUGUAUGGAGCCAGCGUUAUCAUCUUUGAGGGAAUCAUGGCCUUCACAGAUAAAAAGCUUCUGCAGUUGCUGGACAUGAAAAUAUUUGUGGACACUGACUCUGACAUCCGACUGGUGCGGCGCUUGAGGAGGGACAUCACCGACAGGGGCAGAGACAUCGAGGGUGUCAUCAAACAGUACAACAAGUUUGUGAAGCCAGCGUUUGAGCAGUACAUCGAGCCCACAAUGCGCCUGGCUGAUAUUGUGGUGCCACGUGGUGGUGGAAAUAUGGUGGCCAUAGAUUUGAUUGUUCAGCAUGUCCACAGUCAGCUGGAGGAGAGGAAACUUCGCUGGGAUAUGGCAGCCUUGGCCUCUGCACACCAGGCCCAGCCUCUCCCCCAGACCCUCAGCGUUCUGGAGAGCACGCCCCAGGUCCGGGGCAUGCACACUAUCAUCAGAAACAAGGAAACCAGCCGUGACGAGUUCAUCUUCUACUCUAAGAGGUUGAUGCGUUUGUUGAUCGAGCGGGCGCUCUCCUUCCUCCCCUCACAGGUCCACAUAGUCCAGACCCCUCAGGGAGAGGAUUAUGAAGGCAGGACUUUCCACGGGAAGAGUAUUACAGGGGUGUCCAUCCUGCGAGCCGGGGAGACCAUGGAGCCGGCUCUGAGGGCCGUGUGCAAAGACGUCCGCAUUGGCAAGAUCCUCAUCCAGACCAACCAGGACACAGGAGAACCAGAGCUUCAUUACCUGCGUCUGCCCAAAGACAUCAGUGAGGAUCACGUGAUUCUGAUGGACUGCACUGUGUCAACUGGAGCUGCUGCCAUGAUGGCAGUUCGAGUCCUAUUGGACCAUGACGUCCCGGAGGACAAGAUCCUGCUGGUGUCUCUACUCAUGGCAGAAAUGGGAGUCCAUUCUGUAGCCUACGCAUUCCCACAAGUCAAAAUCAUCACCACAGCUGUGGAUAAGAAGGUCAACGAUCUCUUCCACAUUAUACCAGGAAUAGGAAACUUUGGGGAUCGAUACUUUGGAACAGAUGCACCUCCUGACUGGAGCGAUGAAGAGAUGGAUGAGCCCAGUUACUGAUUGGAUUUUCUGGAACUGCAUUGACUUCUUGAAAGAUUGAGGGCUACUGCUCCUCAGAGGACAAUAUGAAGGAAAACUUUCUGCCUCUGCUGAGACGUAACGUGUGUUCUUCAGUCAAAAAUGAUGCCAAAAAGAACGUCCUGAAAAAGAAACUGAAGCAAGACGAACACAAUGCUUAUGUACAGUCACUUUACUGAAUUUUAAAUUAUAUCAUUUUGUAAAAAAUUCUGUUGUUGAAAGUUGGGUUAUAAGUGAAAUAUUUUUAUAUGUACAGUGUCUAUCCAAAUGUUUUAAGGUUUUAAUUUUCUUAAAAUCUCUGUAUUGCAGUUUAAAGUUAGUUUUAUUUUAAUAUAUAUAUACAUCACGCCUUAAGCCCCGUGCACUGUGGCCGACAUAACUGAAUGUGAAUUUGCACAUGCGGCUAAAAAAAAACAAAACACCCUUUAAGUUUAUUUCCUACCACAUACGUACCUUCCCCACAACUUUGACAAAAGUUAAAUCAGAACACGAACCUGUGUAGUCAACUUUCAUCGCCAUGAGCACUUUCUGAAGGACCAUUCAAUCGGAAAACGUGUAGGUGUAUCUGUCUUUUUUUUCCUUUUUUUUUUUAGCUCUCUGGUUCACCCUUUUCUUUCUCGGUUGAUGCUGACCUAACCAGUUGAAAUGAGAGUUAAAAGCCGUUUUUCAUUAUACAGCUUUAAGUAUGCUCUUGUGGUAUGCAGCAUGUCCUUCAUUUACAUAUUUUAGCUAUGGAGAGAUCUGACCAGUCAGCAGGCGAGUCAGACAUCUUUUUACUGCUCUGAAAAAUGGGUCAAUGCGUUUAACCAACGCAACACGGACAACGUCAGUCUCACACACUCUGGUUUUCAUGUUAUUUUUGGUUUUUAUUUUUAAGGGUUGAAGAUGCAUAUGAUUAGUGCCUGUUCAUGUUCAUAUCAGAAUUAAAAUGAUAUGUCUGCUAUAGACGGUGCCUUUUUGAUAUUGACUUGUAAAACAUCCUUUAAAGAGACAGCUGUCCGGGGCGACGAUGCUCUAGUGGUUAUGCCCCUUGUGCAGAGGCUGUAGUCCUCGUCGCAGCGGCCAUUUGUACCAAACAGACCUCGGCCCUUCGCUGCAUGUCCUCCCCCCACUCUCCUCCCAGCACUUCCUGUUUCACUUCAGCUCUCCUUUCUAAUGGAGGCAAAAAUGGCCCAAAGAAUAUAUGAACAAAAAACAAAAAGACACAGCUCUCCAGUAUUUGGUGCCACACCACUCCGCUGCAUCCACAUGGUUAUUUGAACAAAUUCAUUUAGACAUCAGAAAGUGAAGGCUUCCGUAUACAUUGUAUUGUGUGAUCAUAUUGUACUGUAAUGACUUGUGAUUUAAGUAUUAUUAAGGGUGUUCCCUUCACAAGUUCUCAACUGUUCUCAUUUUUGAAAUGGUAUUUAAACAUUAAAAAAAUAUAAAUUCAAUUUGUUUUGGAAAGAAUCAGAGAUGCAAAACAUGAAGGGAAAUACAUGAAAUAACAUGUAGUAACUCUGCAUCAUGUGGUGUUACUACUGUAGGUUCACCUUUACCUUCCAUUCAGUCACCUGCUGCUGUACAGUUUGUGCUUACAGCUGAGUACAACUGUGAGUGAGUCAUUCUGGACUAAAAGUUCAUCCAUUGUGUUUGCAGCCUGCAAGCUGCUUUGACUUAGUCUCUUCUGCAGCAUGUUUUGUUAUAUACAUGUUUAAUUAAAGUGCAAUACAGCAUUU